AUGGGUGAUCCGUGGCAAGAAUGCAUGGAGCACUGUGUGGAGGUUGCAAAACAGGCUGGCAAGAUAAUCCGCGAGGCCCUCGAAGGCUACAUCACGGUCAUGCACAAAAGUUCGCAAGUGGACCUGGUGACUGAGACGGACCAGCGAGUGGAGAAGCUUAUCAUAUCUUCCAUAAAAGCAAAAUUUCCUACACACAGCUUCAUAGGUGAGGAGUCAGUGGCGGCGGGAGCUUCGAGCGUCCUCACUGACGACCCCACUUGGAUCAUUGACCCGAUUGACGGAACUACUAACUUCGUGCACAGGUUCCCUUUUGUGUCUGUAUCCAUCGGCUUUACAGUGAAAAAAGAGAUAAUAUUCGGCGUGGUUUACAGCUGCAUUGAGGACAAAAUGUACACUGCACGGAUAGGCAAAGGUGCCUUUUGCAAUGGUGUUCCCAUCAAGGUUUCAGGGCAGGAAGAUCUCAAUCGCAGCCUCGUGCUGACAGAGGUGGGCUUUAAAAAUGACCCCCAGCGUUUCGAGACGCUCAUGGCCAACCUCAGACGCAUCAUUUCCAUCCCAGUGCAUGGCAUCCGCUCGCCAGGGAGUGCCGCUGUUAACAUGUGCAUGGUGGCAAGUGGCUCAGCUGACGCGUAUUACCAUAUGGGGAUCCACUGCUGGGAUAUGGCUGGCGGGGCGGCGGUGGUCACAGAAGCAGGGGGAGUUGUCGUGGAUAUAUCAGGUGGGCCAUUUGAUCUGAUGUCCCGCCGGCUGAUCGCGGCCAGCAGCCGAGCGGUGGCCGAGCGCCUCGCCAGCUACAUAACAGAGUUCCCCGUCGGCAGGGACGACGCAGAUGGCUCGUAA